AGAGAUUUAACGCUUGAAUUACAAUCUAUUCGUGAUGGUAAAGCUUCAAUCGAACAUCAAAUUGAUAUACAUGUAAAUGACCUUUUCGGAGUUAAACACAAUUUACAACUCUCUCUCGAAGAUGUGUUAGCCGGGUUACGUUAUGUAAUGGACUAUCGCCUUAAGGGCGGUAGACUUCCAAAUUUAGAUUUCGACCUAAUGAAACGAUUAUGUGAAGGUUUAUUAUUAAACAUGGCUCAUUCAGAAGGAGGUUUACUUAAACGCAAAAUGACGCCGGAAGCCAACGAGGCUUUUAUCCUUUUCGGUGAAUUUCUUGAAGAAGUGGAAGAAUUUCGAAUAGCCGUUGGUGAAAGAAGUUUAUCCGAUCUAUAUAAUGCACUCAGACUUCAUCGUAGAUGCCGCAAGGACGCGGAUCCAGAAGUAAAACAAGCAGCCGUUGCCAUUAUUUAUAUGUUAACGGAAUGGUUCUCUCAAUUUUCAGACUGGCGUGAAUUGGUUAAAGUUGAUGAACAAAGUGACGUAGAAAAAGUUAUGAAAGAAUUUACGGAUACAAUUAAAAAACCUAAAAUGCCACCACUCCAAGGGGUUGCUUUACCUCCACCUUCUUUGUAUUUUGAUCGUGAUGUCACUCGAGUAUUGAAAAUGUUUCGUACUUCUCUUACGGAUGGUCUACAUUCAACUUCCAUUGAGGGAUUAUUGGAACAUUAUAGUCCCAAUAUACUUCCAGAACCACCAAAAACUUCGAUAUUUAGGAUGAUAUUUAAUCAAUUAAAAGAUUUUAUGGUUAUAAUUUUAUUGAUUGCAACAGUUGUAACCGCAGCAGAAAAAGACUUCAAAGGAAUGGGUGUUUUAUUAUUCGUAAUUGUACUUAACACCAUAAUAGGGUUUACACAAGAGUAUAAGGCAAAUAAGGCGUUGGCGGCAUUGGAAAAGUUAUCAGUACCAAAGGCCCAAGUAAUUCGUGAUGGUGAGCAAAUAAUUGUUGAUUCCUCUCAACUUGUCCCAGGUGAUAUUGUUGUCCUUGAGGAAGGUGAUGCUAUUCCAGCUGAUUUAAGAAUUGUUGAAUGUUCCCGCCUUGAAGUUAUCGAAUCUAUUUUAACUGGAGAAAGUCUUCCUGUAUCAAAAUCUACUAAGAAGAUUUUGACAAGUACGAGAAAUCUUCCCUUAGGUGAUUGUAAAGGCAAUGCAUUUAUGUCUACAGUUGUUGCAAAAGGACGAGGCAAGGGACUCGUUGUUCGUACAGGAAAUGACACUGAAAUUGGCAAAAUAAGUGCUGCUAUCACGUCAGCAAAAAAAACCACAACUCCAAUUCAACGCAAGCUGGCUAGACUUGGGAUAUGGCUCGUUGCUCUUGCAGUCUUUUUGUGUGCCUUGAUUAUUGUAAUUGGGGUUUUAUAUCAUCAUGAAGUAAAAUAUAUGAUUAAUAUUGGCAUUACUCUAGCUGUCUCCGUUAUCCCCGAAGGUUUAGUAGCAGUAACAACGGUGACAAUGGCUGUUGGUGUUCGUCGAAUGGCUAAACGUAGUGCUAUCGUUAGAACAUUGCCAUCAGUUGAAACUUUAGGUAGUGUUACCGUUAUUUGUUCUGAUAAAACAGGCACUCUUACCGAAGGAAAAAUGGGCCCUAGCGAAUUGUGGACAGCUGAUGAUUCAUUGUACUCUUUCACCGAGCCAACCUCGUUAGAUCCAAAUAUGGGUGGUGUUUUACUCUUCCCACAUGAAUAUCGACAAAGCGUUCUUAGGAAAAGUCAAACAUCCUCACAAUCAUUGGUUUUAUCUGAAAAGUCCCCAAUAAAACCUCAGGAAAUACCGAAAAAUUCUUUAAAUUCUCCUGCUCAUAUGGUAGCGGCAUUAAUGGUUUCUUGUCUCUGUAAUAAUUCUUCUGUGACAAAAGACGAUGAAAAAGAUGGUGAAUGGAAAGGCGUUGGGGAUCCUACUGAAGUUGCUUUGGUUCUUGCAGCUCAAAAAGGUGGUUUUACUAAAAACUAUUGGGAGAAGGAACAUGGUUUUACCAAAGUUUAUGAGAAACCUUUUGAUAGUGAGAGAAAACUUAUGAGUGUCGUAUAUAAAAUUACAACCUCUGAACGUUUAAAACCAACACAUCUUGUAUUUGCGAAAGGAGCUCCAGAAGAAUUACUUCGCAAAUGUACACAUCGUUUACCAUAUGUUAGAUCUUUAAAUCCCAUUGAACCGUUUGACGUGAUCCUUGAGCAAAAAGAUGAGUGUCGACAUGAAGAAUUGAAUGAUGAUUUUGUCGAUCUUGUAUCUGAACAAAGUUCAAGAAUGGCAUCAAAGGGAUUAAGAGUUCUUGGAUUAGCUCUUAAAUCUGUAACUGUUGAUGGUUUUCCGUUGACUGCUUCUGCGGAAGAUACGAUAGACGUAGAUAUAAAUAAUGAGUCUGAAGAAAAUUCCCCCUCAUCACCUAAUGCUAAUCCAUUAUUUGCAGAAGAUAAUUUGACAUUUGUUGGGUUAAUUGGUUUAAUUGAUCCACCUAAGAAGACAGUUGCAGAAUCUAUUUAUAGGUGUAAGAAAGCCGGUAUUAAAGUUGUCAUGAUAACUGGUGACCAUGUUGCUACUGCAACAGCAAUAGCAACUGAUAUUGGUAUCAUUGAACCCGAUGUACCUAAUUCGAAUCGCGCAAUUCGUGGCGCUGAGUUGGACCUUUUAUCGGAUGAAGCGAUUACAGAAUUAGAUCCAUUCCCAAGUGUUUUUGCUCGUGUCAGUCCUGACAAUAAACUUAAAAUUGUUAAAGCAUUACAAAAUAUGGGAAAUUCAGUAGCUAUGACUGGUGACGGUGUAAAUGAUGCCCCCGCGAUAAAGGCUGCAGAUGUGGGUGUUGCAAUGGGAAUUAGUGGUACAGAAAUCACGAAACAAGCAGCAGAUAUUGUUUUAGCCAAUGAUGAUUUUUCAACAAUUGUCGCUGCUGUUGAAGAGGGUCGACAAGUUUUUGACAAUAUUCUCAAGUUUAUUGUAUAUCUUCUAAGUUGUAAUGGAGCUGAAAUUGUCCUGAUGCUCGUUUGUACUGCGAUAGACAUUCCAUUACCGUUCUCAACAAUAAUGAUUUUGUGGGCUAAUAUAAUUGCUGAUGUUCCACCCGCCAUUUCACUUGGUGUUGAACCAGCAGAAAAGGAUAUUAUGCAACGUAAACCAAGAAAUCCCAAGGCACCUGUGCUUGGUAAAUAUGCAACGGCAAUACUGCUUGUGCAAGCGUUUACUAUGGCACUAUUACCAUUUGGAAUUUAUAUGCUUUCAAUAAAUAACAAUCUCGGGUCGAACAUGAAAAAGAAAGAUGCAAUGUCAUUAGCAUUUUCUACAUUAACAACAAUGCAACUUCUUCAAGGCUUCUUAUCUAGAACAUUAUAUGAAAGUAUAUUUAAAACAGGUAUAUUUGGUAAUAAAUGGAUGGUUGGUUCCGUAAUUGGAUCGUUCGUUGCGAUGCUUAUAGGUGUAUAUGUUCCAGGAAUUAAUACAUGGUUAGAACUUGCCCCUGUUCCAGCUAUUGGUUGGGUUAAAAUUUUAAUAUGUUGCGUCAUUCAAAUUGCUAUUACUGAAAUUGGUAAAGCAUUUGGAAGAAAGAUUAGAGAUUCAAGAAGAUAAAUCUUAAAAUAUUUUAUUCUUUAAUAAUUAUAAUUACUUGCUAGAAUAAUUACUUUUAUAAUUUUUUUUUUUUUUUUUUAUCAGAAGGAUAAUUGUAUAUAUUUUAUUGUUGUUACUUUUUAAAAAUAAGUAAUCAAAUAAUGACAUUUGUAAAAUUUUAUAUUUUUGUUGCAAUUU